CUGAACCAAUGACACUGAGAUCACCAUUACAGAAAUACUUUGCUAUUCUGGCUCCGCGCACCCCUGUGCAAGUGCCGGAGACGGUUUGCUGGGCCUUCUCAUCCUCCAUUUUCUCCCCCCCACCUUCAAAGGACAGAUGGUACAUUCCUCUGGUACAGCAUUCAGACUAGAGAUCCAUUCUCUAGUAAAGAGCUGCUGGCAACCCAGCGUCUGCUCGCAGAGAGAUCCCCUCCGGCUGGGCAGAAGCGAUUCCAGAGCCUGGCACCGACCCCUCCCCCAUCUCACUCCAGGGUGGCAUGACACUUUUUGGCAGCAGAGAAGCGUGCUGGAGAUAUCCAGACAUGGCCCAAGAACCUAAGCUGAGCCAUACCCGGUCUGGUCAGAAGAGGCAACAUAGUGGAGGCCUGUACCACUGUGAUCUGGACUAUGAAGUAUACAAAGAGGAUUUUCCAUACAGGGUCUAUGAAUACCAGAAGAUCCCUCCUCUUAUCAGUCAUAUCCCUGUCAAGACCAAGCGAAGCCACCUAGGGUCUGGGGGCAAGAGCGCUCUGGGCCCUCACACAGGGUUGAGGAGCAGCAGCAACUCCAUGGCAGGCCGUACAAAGUUACGAGCAGAAGAGCUACACUCCAUCAAAGGGGAACUAAGUCAGAUCAAAGCCCAGGUGGACAGUUUACUGGAGAGCCUGGAUCGGAUGGACCAAAGGCGGGAGCAUCCGACAGGUUCCAAAGAAGGCAAGAAGAAAAACCUCUCCAGUGGGGAGUCUUCGUAUUCACCUAGUGAUACAUCCCAGAAGAAGGAGAGCGCAACCAACGACAGACACACUGCUACACAGGAGGUCGACAGUGCCGACGAGAGCACAGAUACCGAAGAAGCGGCAAGAAAUCACAGGUUGGAUCCCGAGAGCAGCCAGUAAGUCCUUCAGAGCACCGUAAUCCCUUGCCCUGCAUUCCCUUACCUGUGUUUUGUAUUUCUUUCAAUGCGUCGAAGUUAAACAGUGCUUUAGUUACGUCAGCAAUCGGUUCUGGUGCGGAGAAGAGCAAGGAUUGAGCCCCGAUCAACCAGCUCCUUUCUCCGGUCUGGAAGAGAGGCGAGAGAUUCGUAGGACGUGCAGGAGAGGAAGCAACGUGUUCUUUGUUGUGAAAACUUAAAUAUGCCAACCUGGGAGGAGGGUGGGAAAAGCAGGCAAUAAGAGGGCCCAACUGAACCUGCCCACCAUGAAACAGAAAUAAAAACAGUAGCAGUC